CCCACUUGGGCAAUUAGUAUUAAUUAGUGAUUUAGUUUUGUGUGAUUUGUAACAAUGUUUUGGGCACUUAUCCUCGCUGCUGUUCUGCUGGUAACCUACUGGUUACUCAGCCGGCCUUACAAAUACUGGACCGAAAGGGGAGUCAAACAGGGAAAACCAGUUUUUAUUUUUGGAGAUUACUGGGGCCCUAUGCUCCGGAAACAAACCAAUGCCGAAGUGGUUGAUAUGUUAUACAAAAUUGACAAAGAUGCAAGAUAUUGCGGAAUUUACCAAUUUCUAACACCUGUACUCUUAAUAAGAGAUCCUGAACUUAUCAAAAAAAUUACAGUGAAAGAUUUUGAACAUUUUGUGGAUCACAGAAUUGUAAUUCCUGAAGAAUCUGAUCCUCUAUCAGGGCAAAAAUGGCGUGACAUGAGAUCAACCCUUAGUCCCGUUUUCACUAGCAGCAAACUCAAAUAUAUGUUUUCAUUGAUAUCCGAACGAGGAGAACAAUUUGCUCAAAACCUCUUGAAGGAAAAUAAAGAUGUUAUCACUCUUGACAUCAAGAAUUCAUUCACGAGAUAUACUAAUGACGUUAUGGCUAGUACCAUGUUUGGAAUCCAAUGUGACUCUCUUGAAGAACCCAAAAACGAAUUCUACUCAUUGGCUCAGAAAUCGCAAGAUUUUAGCGGUUUUUGGAAAAACGUUAAAUUGUUGGGGUAUUUCUUGUUUCCAGAAUUUUGCAAGUCUUUGGAAAUCAGUUUUUACUCCAAAGAAGUCAACAGUUUCUUCGAAAAACUGGUCACCGAAAACAUCGGAAGUCGCCAAAAACAUGGUAUCGUCCGCCCUGAUUUGAUCCACUUGUUAAUGGAAGCCAAAAACCAUGCCAAAAAAUCCACCGGUUACCAAGAAUCCAACAAAAUGAAAACCGAAAUCACCGACCAAGACAUCGCAACGCAAGCACUUAUUUUCUUCUUCGGAGGUUUUGACACCGUGGCCUCUCUCAUGUCCUUUAUGUCUUACGAAUUGGCCACGAAUCCCGACUGUCAGGAAAAACUCCGUCAAGAAGUUGAUGAAGUUAUGCAAAACUGCGAUGGAAAAGUCACAUACGAAGCCAUUGUCAACAUGAAAUACAUGGAUAUGGUCACUUCUGAAACUUUACGAAAGUGGCCUAAUGCCCCAGCUGUUGAUCGUGUCUGCACCAAACCUUACACAAUCGAACCCACGAGACCAGAUGAAAAACCCAUUCAUUUGAAGGAGAAUGACACUGUUCUUUUGCCCAUCUAUGCUCUACACAGGGAUCCUCAGUACUUCCCCGAUCCAGACCGCUUUGACCCUGAGCGUUUCAGUGAAGAAAACAAAGCUAAUAUCGAGCCAUACACCUACAUGCCGUUUGGUUCAGGACCUAGGAAUUGCAUCGGACAAAGAUUUGCCCUUAUUGAAACAAAACUUUUCUUCUUCUAUAUUUUGGCCAACUUCGAACUGAUUCCAGUUGAAAGAACACAAAUCCCGUUGAAACUUACUAAAAAUCCAUUCACCAUGACCGCCGAAAAAGGAUUCUGGUUGGGAUUCAAAAAGCGAGUCAAACAAAACUAAACUGUGAUCUACCUUUUUAUUUAUCUUUACAGUCUGAAUUAGACCGAUUUUGUUAAUAUAUUAGAUUGUUAAUGUCUGUAUACUAUAUGGAAUGUUUUAUAAUAAAAUAUUUUUGUGCUCAUA